AUGUCUCCGUCUGCCUUCGACGACACUGACCACGCACAGCGCGAGAGGUCUCGUUCUCCCCGUCGUCGUUCUCGUAGCCCUCGACGCAGCCGUCGCUCGUACUCUCCCCGCAGUCGCUCUCGCAGCCGUGACGACUAUCGCCGCUCCGACCGUCGUUCUCGUUCGCCUAUGAGUACGACCCAAGGCGCUCCCGGUGGUCAUUCUGCUUCUGGUUACGGUGGGCGCGGCAGCUACCCACCUCCCCCCCGUUCGUUCGAAGAUCGCGCAGUCGCCAAAGAACAAAUGAUGCAAGCCGUGCGCGAGUCGUCCCAGCAAGACCGUCGCGUCUAUGUGGGCAACCUCUCCUACGAUGUCAAGUGGCAUCAUCUGAAAGACUUUAUGAGACAGGGUGAGCAGGGUCAUAUCGUGUUGCCGGGCGUGAUUGUGGAAUACGCGACCAGGGAACAAGCGCAAAAUGCGGUAAACACCCUCAGCAACCAGAACUUGAUGGGAAGACUCGUCUACGUCCGUGAGGAUCGUGAGCCCGAGCCUCGUUUCACGGGAGGUCCCUCUCGUGGUGACUUCGGAGGUGGUGGUCGCGGCGGCUUCGGCGGCGGCUUCGGCGGGCCUGCCGGCGGCGGCGCUGGUGGCCGUCAGCUUUAUGUCUCGAAUCUUCCAUUCAACGUUGGCUGGCAAGACUUGAAGGAUCUUUUCCGCCAAGCUGCUCAGCAGGGUGCUGUGAUCCGUGCCGAUGUCCACACCGAUGCCACUGGCCGUCCCAAGGGCUCUGGUAUUGUCGCCUUCGAGUCCCCUGAGGAUGCCCGGAAUGCCAUUCAGCAGUUCAACGGAUACGACUGGCAAGGACGCCAGCUGGAGGUUCGUGAGGAUCGCUUCGCUGGUGCCGGACCUGGGUUCGGUGGCCGUGGUGGUUUCGGCGGUCGUGGUGGCUUUGGUGGUGGCUUCGGCGGCCGCGGUGGCUUUGGUGGCCGUGGCGGUUUCGGCGGAGGCUUCCGUGGUGGUUAUGGCGGUGCUCCUGGCGGUUUCGGCGGUGCUCCUGGUGGUUUCGAGGGCGUGCCCUCUGGACCUCCUAACCCGUUCACCGAUUUCGCUACUUCUGGCGGCGACAAGAGCGCUGUCAUUUACGUGCGCAACCUGCCUUGGUCGACUUGCAACGAGGAUCUGGUGGAUCUGUUCUCGACUAUUGGCAAAGUCGAUCGCGCGGAGAUCCAGUACGAACCCAAUGGUCGUUCCCGCGGCACUGGUGUGGUUCAGUUCGAUAGUGCGGACACUGCGGAGACGGCUAUCGCUAAGUUCACCGGCUACCAGUAUGGCGGUCGUCCCCUGGGCAUUACGUUUGUCAAGUACAUGAACGCCGGCCCAGGGCCUGGUGAUGCGAUGGAUGGCACCGAGCCGACUGCUCCGAUCACGCAGGAUCAGAUCAUGUAA